CACUGUCUGAUCUGCUGGCCGGGCAUGCGCGUGCUAGCUCCAGCGCAGCUGCUUCGUUUCUGCAGAAGCGAUUUAGCGGCUGCACGGUAGCUAGCUGUGCGAUACAGCGUGUCCCCUGCCCCUGGUCGGUGGCCGAAGCUGUUUGCAUUAUAUCUGCGGAUUAGCGACUAUGAAACUACGGGGAAGGCAUCCAGAAAAGAAUGUUGAAGAGCUAAAAGAAGAAAUAUGUAUGGAUGAUCACACGAUCCCCAUGGAAGAGUUGCUCUGUCGACUUGAAACAAGUUUAGAUAAGGGAUUAUCUCAGAAUGUUGCAGUUGAACGACUGAAUCGGGAUGGUAUUAAUGCACUGACUCCACCCAUGGAAACUCCUGAGAUUAUCAAGUUCUUGAAGCAACUUUUUGGAGGCUUUUCAUUACUGUUGUGGUUUGGCUCAGUGCUUUGUUUUUUUGCCUACACUCUGGAAGAAGUAACUUCAUCGGCCCCAAAAGACUAUCUCUAUCUUGGAAUUGUGCUGGCUGUUGUGGUGUGUGUAACAGGCCUUUUUUCAUAUUACCAGGAAGCAAAAAGUGCUCGAAUCAUGAAAAGCUUUUCAAAGAUGGUACCACAGGAGACUAUGGUUCUUCGAGAUGGAAAACAUUUGAAUAUGGAAGUGGAAAAUCUAGUUGUUGGGGAUGUAGUGAAUGUAAAGUGUGGA